AUGGAUCGGGUGGCGCAGGCGCCCGGAGCCGCCAUCCCGGUGCAGCGCGAAGCGCGGGCAGAGCCCGGCACCGCGCUCCGCGUGGACGACCUCUACAAGCGCUUCGGCGACCUGGAGGUGCUGAAGGGCGUCUCGCUGACCGCGCACGAGCACGACGUGAUCGCCAUCCUGGGCGCCAGCGGCUCCGGCAAGAGCACGCUGCUCCGCUGCAUCAACCUGCUGGAGGUUCCCGACGCAGGCGAGGUCCACGUCGGCGGAGAGCUGAUCCGCAUGAGGACCGACCGGCGCGGCCGGGUGACACCGGCGGACCGCCGUCAGGUCGAUCGCAUCCGCGCCCGGCUCGGCAUGGUGUUCCAGCAGUUCAACCUGUGGUCCCAUUUGACCGUAAUACAGAACGUCAUCGAGGCGCCCAUCCACGUGCUCAAGCUGCCCCGGCGCGAGGCGGUGGACCGUGCCCACGCGCUGUUGGACAAGGUCGGGCUAACGGACAAGCACGACUACUUCCCGGCCCACCUCUCCGGCGGGCAGGAGCAGCGGGCGGCGAUCGCCCGUGCGCUCGCGAUGGAGCCCGACGUCAUGCUGUUCGACGAGCCCACCUCCGCACUCGAUCCCGAGCUCGUCGGCGAGGUGCUGAAGGUCAUCCGCGACCUCGCCGAGGAAGGCCGGACCAUGCUGAUCGUCACCCACGAGAUCGGCUUCGCCCGCGACGUCUCGUCCAGGACCGUGUUCCUGCACGAGGGCCAGAUCGAGGUGGAAGGCCCGUCGCGGGCGUUGCUCGACGACCCGCAAUCGCCGAGGCUCAGGCGGUUCCUCUCGGGCGAGCGCGGCGACGCUUAG